CGCGAUUCCUUAGCGGACCAAUCAGCGCGACUGGCAGGUUUCACUUUGGACUGUGCCACACAAGACAGGGACAUCAAACAAGAAAAAUUAGAAACGGAAAUGUGGAUAUCGUUUGAUACAUGGGAAUACUUUUUUGGACAAUAGAGCCGGCGAUCAUGGCUGGCCUCUGAUGCCCCGUAAAGGGAAGAACAGCUACACCCAAUUGAAGAAGCCUCCGCUGCUGUUCCAGGAACGUCCAAUAGAUGGAGCCAAACACCAAUACGGGACUCCUAUCAAAUCGGCUGUGAACCCAUUACGAGUUGUAGCUCAGCCAUGCGAACAGAACACAACCAGCGAGCAAUGGGUGACUUCUCAGUUUGACACCACCAUGCAGUUGCACUUCCCGGCGCGGCGGAGGAAAAGACAGCAGUCAGGCAGCUUCACGCACCAGAGGAGUGUGCUGGGGAGGAGCUCGCUAGUGCGGGCCAAGAAAACCAGCGUCUGCAAGUUCCCCUCAUUAACUUUUGAGUGCAGUUUUGAGGCACCCUGCCAACCGCAGCAGCCUUUGCUUGCAGUCUCCGCAGGAAAGGGCUCUUGCCAGACUGGCCUUCCUGAGAAAAACGAGGCUUUAGAAGUAAAUAGAGGGUUUGAAUCUCUGAAUGGGGUUCAAAAGAACCCACGCAAACUCAGCAGUGAUGUUUGUGAGGUUCGGAGGACCCCAGUGCCUGAGAUGGAAAGAGACCUUGAGGGGACACCUCGAGCUUGUAGAGACUCUGACAUGGAGAGUGCCUCCACCCCACCUUCCCUUCAUACCCCGGGAGCAGACAGUGGGGGCAGGAGGAGCUGUGAAUCUCAAAACUUUGCCAGUGACCUUGCAGGGCGGCUCAUCUUUUUUGCCCCAACCCCAACAGACACAGAGUCCCAAGCAGAAACUCUGGUGAAGGACACCCCAGAGCAAGAUUAUGGGGUGAAGGUGACCUGGAGGAAGAGGAAAGGGAUUAUGAGAUUCCUGCAAGACCAGGGCAAGCUGACCAGCAAGGAGGCGUUAGUGAGCAGUUAGUUGGGAGGAAGAGGUAGAAGGGGCUGUGCUUCAGUUGAUUAACGAGUUUUCUAACUCAGGUCAGGUCCUUGAGUCCUGAUACCCAGGAUUUUUAAAGUCCUUCUCAGACAGGAAAAAAAAAGAAAUAUGACUAAUCAAGGCUUAAGUGGAACAUUGCAACUAAUCUGCAAAUUUGGUUCUUAAGGAGAUUCCAAAUAACCUAUCGGAUGAUGCCCCUUGAAGUCAGGAGUUGAAAAUAUCUACGUUAAAAUAAUGAAUGAUGUUAAAACAAUGUUUUCUCUUUUUUUGCCUGUAAUAAAUGUUUCACAAGCAUGAUAAUGGAAAGACCCUUGCAAACCUUUGUGAGUGUCUCUUUGUCUGUGGAAUUACCACGUUACAUCUGCAAGGUGUGUCUGAAACUCUGCAUCUAUAAUGGAAGAGAAGUAAUGGUGCCCAUGUCUAAGACUAAAGAAUGCUUCAUGAAGUGGUUGAAUGUUGCAUGGUGGACUGAGGAGCACAAUGGACAUCAAAAUAUUUAGAAUGUUGUUACUAACUUUGUUUUACCUAUUGAAAUGAUUUAUAGAAAAUUUUCCCAGAUGACUACAUUAAAAUGUAAGAAUUAGGUUUCUUGUUUUAGAUUUAAAAAAAAUGGUAACAGUAUUGAUUCAUCCUUCCUGAAAAAUUAGUUGUCUGUACAUGAUUCUCAAGCAAAAUGAAAAACAUAAUGCUGGAAUAUUCCCCUACACUGGAACUGUGUAGCUAUGUAAAUACCAAACUACAGAGCCAGUGCAGUCAAUAGCUAAUUACAGUAAUUUUGUUGAAUGCUCAGUCAAAUAGCCUCUCCUAAAGGCUUGCAGUUUUUCCUAUAAUAAACUGAUAUUAUAUUGUAUUACUUAUAAUUAAUUCUUAAUCCCAUCCUUAGUUGUCUUGUUAUAGUCACUGGCCAAAUCUAGCAUCAAAAGAAAGUUAUCACAACUACAGGAAAAUUCAAAUUGUUGUAACAGGUGCAAUGACAUUUUAUCCCACAGAAAUGACAUGGGUGAAUUUAAUUAUGCUGGUUAACAUUUGUCAUCAAGAGGGGUCUGCUGUGAAAGUCACAGUCUAGGGGUAUGCCUGGCCACUGCUGGAAGUAAUUUAUUGCUGGAAGUAUGUAUCCGCAACUGCUUUGCACCGGGUUGCAAAUUCUGUCUUUUGGAAUUUUUUCUUACAUCUCUUGUAAAUCCUGGACAAGCAUGCCUGCUCGAUGAACACAUGUCUGAUGGUGCUUAAGUCUGGCGCAAAGGGUAUCCAUGGCAUAACUAUCACAUUCCAGUCUUGCAUCAGACCUGCGCUUACAUUAGCUGCAUGAGGACAUACUGUAUGUCAUCCUGCUGGAAUGUCAUCACAUUAGGUUGAGCCUCUGGGAAGGGCAGCGAGUGCUAUGAACACAAUCAAGAAUUUGUAAAGGGGAGAAAAUAGAUUUCUGGAGGUUAAAGCUAUCACUACUGCAUGAGUAGCGAAUGGGACUGGGAUGUGAUUAUUUCAAACCAUUGCCAAAUGCAUGCUGUGUCCUGGUCUUGCUACUCACAAGUACCCAGCACUAUUUGCUGGGGGUCCAAGAUAUUUUCCAAAAUGGUGCAAAGGUCUCCAGAAAAUCUUGGAUGCGCUUAAAGCCAGAGACAUAGAGCUUGAUUCUCUCUAGAUAUCUAUGAAAAUUUCAUAGUUUUGCCAUGAUAUCCUUCUUGAAUCAAAACCAGUCUUUAAAUAUCCAAGGGUUUAUAGUAACCAGUUCUCUGUCUAUUGAAACAAAAUGAUGUAUGAGUUAAACAAGUGCAGGGGAUGUGGAAAGGUGAACUCCUAGUUUCUCCUAGUUAGCUCAGUUAAGGGAAAAAGUAGGGGCUGAGAUCUUUCAUUAGGACUUACUGUAGAUUAAACUAAUAACAUGUCAGGUUGCAAAUCUGUAAAACAUAUGACAAUCCUAAUGGGUACAAUAUUUUCUCUACGUAAAUUGGAGGAAACUUUCAGUGCUGAACAAUGGAACAAUUUCUUAUAUAUAUGAUCACUCUGCACCACAUUGCAGCUUUCUAGUCAAAUCCAGUAUAUUAAUGAAAGUGCAUACAUUAUUUGAUUACAAAUUCUACAAAAGACACAGUUGCUUAAGUGCAUAGCAUAGCUGUCAUCUUUUAUUACCCACCCAAAAUCAGUUAUGAGCAUGCCCACUGAGCAGUACAUAAGUUUUUGAGCCCAAUAAAAAAAAUAUUUUCAGUACUAGCUAAACUUUGAAGAGAAUACCAUCAACGCUGAUCAAUACUGAUCCCUCAGUAUUUGCUCUUAUACAUCAGUAGCACAUUGAUUAAGUUAAAAAUGAACUGCCCUGAUGUAAUGUCCUGGUGUAAUACUACACUGUGAAGAGUAUCACAGUUAUUCCAUAAUCAAUUUCAACUGAACCCUAAAAUAACAUAAUUUCUCUUUCUUUAUGAAUAUUAAUUUGUCACUGAUUUAAAUGUAAAUCCCCAUGUUAUUUCUAUUCUAUUAAUGUUACUACCAGUUUAUACAGUACAUUUGUAAAAUCAAUGCUAAUUUUAAAAAAUAAAAAUAUUGUAGGCUGUACAAUCCUUCAGUGUUAUAGUAUGAUCUAUAAUAGGAACUGCAUUUUGUUUACUGUAAUCUAAUAAUGAUUUUUUCUUGAAAAUAUUGAUCAUGCUUUUUAAGGUUUUUGUUCAGUAAGUAUGUUUUAUCACCUUACCAAUUUAAUGAUGCCUAAAUUUUAUGUCAUUGUAAAUCAUUUUUUGUACAAUGUUGAAAGUCAAAUGGGUGGGAGGGGAAUGACUGUUGAAAGCAAUGUCUUAUGUAGAGGUCCGCCAGUCAGGAGAUGUGCUCAUUUCAUUUUCAUAUUUGUGUAAUUUAGCUUUAUGUCUUUUAUAAUGAUCACAAGAAGCACACGAUCAUUUGUAUGUAGAAAAAAACUAUUUUUUCAAUUACAUUUUCUCAAUUAUUAUGCUUUUUCUUAUAUUUUUAAAAUUGUUUGUCUUAUGAAUGUAUCAUUUAGAUAAUUACAGGCUGUUAUGAUAACUUGGAAAAGUAACACUUGGCUGAGCAAGAAAACAUGUACAAUAAAUUGAAUCAUAGAGGAGGCCAAGUGCUGAAUUGCUUGACAGUAUUAUCUUUGUUUUCCUGCUCUUUCACUUUGUAUUUCUUUUUGUAUUUCUUGUGUCCCCAAUCUCCUGUGUGAUACAGUUUAAGAGAGUGGGAAAGGAACUGAAGAACAAGGACCAACAGCUCAAUGGAAUGAAGGAAAUGAGAGUUGACAAACAACAGACCAUGAAAGCACUGAAUGGUUUUAGGGGAGAUUCUAAUUUAGAGACAUUUAAACACAAUCUCACAGAUGCUUGUAUAUACACCAAAUGAGUGAACUACAAGCAAAAAAGCAACUAAAACGAAUCAGUCUCGUGAUGGUCAUGUCCCCUUCUAGAUAGUGAACAAACCAGCACUCAGUGAUGUUUCUGCUUUAUUUUAUUUUAAGAAGAGCCAACAAUGAAGGAUUAUGAAGUAAUGUUGCUUGUAUGUUUGCAUGCCACUAGUCAUUUACCCAUUUAGUCAUUUUUCUGACACCUGCAGCUUAAAAUCUUAAAAGCCAGAAGGAUCACAAAGCUCUGUUUUUCAUGGUGUGUACUCAAACUAAAAAUCAGGAUGAAAUAAACUUUUGCCCUUUUGCUCAA